UUCAUUAGCGGAUGCAACUCAACUCAGUUAUGAGUUUCUCAGUUUUUAGACAUAUAUUUCAGUGUAUAAUCAUGCCUUCAACAACCUCUAUGUUUUGUUUUAGAGUUAUCUGGGAAGAUGAACCUCGAUGUUGAUUCCGAUUUGAAGAAACACACCGACUUGAAGGCGAAGACUCUGCAGAACAUAUCGGAGGCCAAAAAAGAGAUAAGACUCUUGACUUCAGAGCUACAGAAUGAGCAGAGGUCAGAGGAAGCUAAACUGACUACAAAAUACAGGCAACUGGAACGGGAAAAGGCCACGUUCUCCGUCUACCACCGUGUGUCAGGGAACAUGCGGCUCGACUCGCAGCACACCGGACCCGAGGUGCGCGGCGUCGUCUCGAGCGCGCCUACCACGGCCAUCACCUUCAGCAUGCGGCCCGACGAGCUCUCGACCGCCAAGCUGACCGACCGGCUAUGGCAGACCGCUGCACGGGACCAGGGCGUCUCCAAGGCCGUGGUGGAUGUUAAAUAGAUUCACACGUGUUUUUACAAAGACUUUUCUCUUCUUUUCUGUCGUGUAUGUUGUGUAUCGCUAUAACUUGCGCUAUAAGAGGACUGAAGAUGGUGGUAGUGAGACGUCGUGUUCUAUACUGGGUGUUGCGUGCUAACGUCUCGAUCGUCAUUGGUAUCAUCUUCAUCACGCUUCUGGGCACCGGCCCUCUCGUCUCGCAUGGCUCAUAAUCUUGUUGGCAUCUGCUUGUUGUGAGUGUUCAAUAAAGAUGCGACGAUUCCCUU